AUGGCUGACGAAAGGAAUUUAAUUGCAGUAAUUGCAGAUGAAGACACAACCACGGGACUUCUUCUAGCUGGCAUAGGUCAAGUCUCGAAAGAUACCAAGGAAAAGAACUUUGUUGUUUACAACGAGGGAAAGACGACGAAACCUGAGUUAUCGGAUGCAUUUAUCAAUUUUACCGAGAAGAGAUCUGAUAUUGCGAUUCUUUUGAUCAAUCAGCAUGUUGCGGACCAAAUAAGACCACUAGUGGAUGGGUUCACCAAUGCGUUCCCAGCGAUUUUGGAGAUACCUUCGAAGGACCACCCAUAUGAUCCAGAGAAGGAUUCAGUUUUGAGAAGGGUGAGAAGACUAUUUGGCGAGUGA